CCUCUCCGGCUCUCCCACGCUCAAGCAGGGAGACAACCAGAAAACCGGAGGAACCAUUAAGAGAAUGGAGGUAGAAACAGACGAGAAGGAACUCAAAGCCGCAGGGGCCGAGCCUUUGUCCGACGGCCGGCGCGGACUGCGCAUCCAUGGCUGGGAGAUCGAGUCUCGCAAGCGCUCUAUCCUCAACUCCUCCGACCACCAGCUGUGGGAACAGAAGCUUCAGACUUCUCACUUGCCAGAGAUGGUUUUUGGGGAAAGUUCCUUGGUUCUUAAACAUGUGAAGAGUGGCAUCAAAAUCCAUUUUAAUGCAUUUGACGCUCUAAAUGGCUGGAAGCAGGAGGCGCUGCCACCAGUUGAAGUCCCUGCGGCAGCGAAAUGGAAAUUCAGAAGUAAACCACUCCAGCAGGUGAUACUGGACUAUGACUAUACAUUCACGACGCCAUAUUGUGGAAGUGAAACAAUUGAGAUAGAUACAGAUUACGGAAUCUCUCAGCGAACAUGCAAUCUUCAUUGGGAGGACUGUGAGGAAAAAAUUGAUGUGGUUUCACUAACAUCAAAAGAGCCUAUUCUCUUCUACGAUGAGGUAGUCUUGUAUGAAGAUGAAUUGGCUGAUAAUGGAGUUUCUCUCUUAACUGUAAAAGUGAGAGUCAUGCCAAGCUGUUGGUUUCUUCUCCUACGAUUUUGGCUUAGAGUUGAUGGAGCGCUGAUGAGACUAAGGGAUACUCGUAUGCAUUGCAUCUUUGAUGUUAGUGCAAAUCCCAUCCUCCUUCGAGAAAGCUGCUGGAGAGAAGCCACAUUCAAAACUUUAUCUGCUAUAGGACACCCAUCUGAUCCUGCUGCCUAUAGUGAUCCAAGCAUCAUCAGCCAGAGGCUUCCCAUCAUCAAGCACAAGACCCAAAAGCUUAAAAUUCCUGAUAAUUUGUAAGAUAUUCACGGACCAGCACAAUUGCAGUAGUCGGUAAACUCUUUCAAGUCAAGUUGGUAUGAUGGAAUAGUAAAGAAAAUAUAGAUCUCCUGCAAUCCUCUACCAGAAUCACAGGCAAUUCGGGCAGUGGUGUAGGCGAGGGGUUGUGGACCCACAACCCCGGACAGCUACACAGGUCAAUUGUCUGGGACUGUGAGACCCACAUUCCUCUUACACCCCUACCCGAAUUGUCUGCAAUGGGCAAGGGAGCUUGAUUCUAGCAAAGAUGGCACCCACCAGAAAAAGUGGUAUGCCCUGAUUGGAGAAGUCAGUGAGAGAUGAACAAGAGAAAAAGGAACAGAAAGUGACACAUGAGCUUCAAAAUUCUGAAUGGCUGCUAUAGAGCAGUGACGUGUGUUUGGUGGUAAAGAUUAGUUAGGUUAUUAAAUUGCCUUUUGAUUUGAUAUUUUGCGGUGGGUAAUGGGGCCCUGAAAAUCGCCAAUAAUGGUGAUAAAAGUAGAAAAAAAAUCAGAUAGAUUGUUAUCUUUCCAUUUUAAUAGUGUUUUCUCUUGACAUGGAUA